UGUAAACACUGUUGGCUCUCGUUCUGUUUAUAAAAAUUAUUGAAGAAAUUUUCGUAAAAUGCGUACAACGGUUAUACGUUUUGCAAAAUUUUCGGGCAAUAUAAAGGAAUUGCGUUUACAUUUCUGCCAAACUGGUGAAGCCUCGAAAGGAGCCAGGGAAUAUGUGCAACGUUAUUAUCCCAGCUUGAAAAAAGAUAAUCCCGACUUGCCUAUACUGAUACGUGAAUGUUCUGGGAUUCAGCCACGUUUAUGGGCGCGUUACGGAAUGGGCAAAGAAACAUCGGUCUCGCUAACAAACCUAGGCCCUGAUGAUGUGCGCAAAAAUGUGGAAGCUAUGGGCAGCUCUAGGUAGAUUUUUUUCUUAAUUGUAUUGAUAAAUAAAAGAGUGGCUUUUCUUUAAAAAAGGGAAUUCACAA